CGGCGUACGCAAACUGAGAGUAGCUGUCACUCAGUGGACCAAGAUUAUUUAGUUUCUGUUUAGUUUAUAUAUUAAAGACAUUGUGCACAUAAUAUGUAACGCUUUGGAUUGACAAUCCGAGUGAUAUUUGAUGUAGUCACGACUGUAUGUUGACGAGUCACGAUUAUUAUUUGACUAGAGUACUGACGCGUGGCGCAUUACGCAAUAAAACGACUUGCGAUACACUUAUUUCAUAUCAUAGACGGCUGUAAUCACGACUAAAACAUAGUUGCAAAUAGUAUGCAUGGCAAAUGACAUUUGUGAAUGUGUCUUUACCGUUUGAGGAAGUGUUUUUGACCAAAAGAGAGGAGUAUGAGAAACUGCUCAAUGAUGGAGCCCUGAUGUUUCAGCAGGUGCCUUUGCUUGAAAUGGACGGGAUGCAGCUCGUGCAGUCAAAGGCUAUCUUGCAUUACAUCGCUGGAAAAUGCAGCCUAUAUGCAAAAGACCAUAAAGAACGGGCUAUGAUCGACAUGUAUUCAGAGGCUGCCAGCGAUCUAAUGAUACUUUCCCCAACACUGAUUAUUAUGUAUCCUUUCAAACCAGCUGAAAACACACAGAUUCACCUCAGUAAUAUAGAGCAGAAGGCCACAGAUCACUUUCUUCCUGUGUUUGAAAAGGGUCUUGCAAACUCUCAGUUCCUUGUGGGAAACCAGUUGAGCCGUGCUGACGUCCACCUUCUUGAAGCCUCUCUGAUGUUGCAGGAGUUGCUCCCUACCAUACUUUCAGCCUUUCCCAAAAUCCAGGCGUCUCAAGAGAAAAUGAAGGCCUUCCCAACAAUCAGCAAGUUUCUCCAGCCUGGCAGUGCAAGAAAACCUCCACCCGAUGAGGUGUAUGUGAAAACCGUGAUGGCGGUGUUGAGCCACCUUUUUAAGCAGGAGGCCCAAUGAAUUCAAAACCGUUAGAUGAUGUUAAUCACCAAUUAAUCUGCAAGCUUGCAAGAUUAAAGCUGAGACUCUAAAACCAACAGAUUUAUUUGGAAUGUUCAAGAUACAACUUGAUGAUUACAAAGUGAUAAUACUGUGACAUGAACACAUCAGAUGUCGUGAGAAAGGUCCCAGUGUGGUCCGUCCACGAGCACUUAGAAGAUCAAAAGCCGCAAAACCAUCAGGAGGCUGAAAACAGAAGACCGUCUGAUUGAGCAUUUACACCGAACCAGCAAAAUAAACAGACGGCUCAUCAUGCCACAUCUGCACCUGUCAGUGUGACGUAACAUGCAUUUGCUUUAGCUAUAAUAUUGAUCUAUUGGAGCAUAU